AUGAAUCACUCAGCUUCUGACCAAAGCCUUUACAUUGAGAGUGAUGAAGGAGAGGACGAGAGAAAGAACAACAUGUCCGAAGAAGAACACGAUGGAUCUCUUUCGGAUUCUUCCGACGCUUACAAUCGAAACCGACAUCAUUCUAAACCUAGCUCAUACUCAACCGCAUGGCCAAAGAGUUACAGGCAGUCGAUUGAUCUUUACGGAAGUGUACCAUCACCGAGUCCUGGUUUUCUUGGCAACGCUUCAUUGUCAAGAUUCGAAAGCUCUUUCAUGUCCCUAACAAGAAGACACACACAAGAAUCACUACCCGCUGUGACAAAACCUCUGCUUGAAGAUGAAGAAGCGCCAAAGCAUAAACGUAGCUCUCAUUCUCUGCUUCCUUCGAAAGCCUCACCCAUGGUGUCUCAUGAAGUGGGAAUCUCCAACGACAGCUCGUUCGUACAAGCCGUUGUUAACGGAGUGAAUGUGUUAUGUGGUGUUGGGAUAUUGUCAACACCAUAUGCUGUGAAAGAAGGAGGAUGGUUGGGACUUCUCAUUCUAUUUGCAUUUGGGAUUCUCUGUUUCUACACUGGUUUGCUUCUGCGUUACUGUCUUGAUAGCCAUCCUGACCUCCAGACCUAUCCUGAUAUUGGCCAUGCCGCUUUUGGUACCACCGGCCGUGUCCUUGUCUCCAUAAUACUGUAUUUGGAGCUAUAUGCUAUGAGUGUUGAAUACAUAAUAUUGGAAAGUGAUAAUCUUUCAUCAAUGUUUCCAAAUGCUUCUCUAAGUAUUGGAGGGUUUCACUUAGAUGCGCCUCAUUUUUUUGCUCUGCUCACCACCCUCGCUGUUCUCCCCACCGUUUGGCUUCGAGAUCUCAGUGUUUUAAGUUACAUUUCAGCUGGAGGGGUGAUUGCAUCAGUGUUGGUGGUUUUGUGCUUGUUUUGGAUUGGUUUGGUUGAUGAAGUUGGAAUUCACAGCAAAGGAACUCCUCUAAACCUAGCAACAUUACCGGUUUCUGUUGGACUCUAUGGUUAUUGUUACUCAGGACAUGGUGUUUUCCCAAAUAUUUAUACUUCCAUGGCCAAACCCUCUCAGUUUCCUGCUGUUCUCUUGACAUGUUUUGGAAUUUGUACUCUGAUGUAUGCAGUCGUAGCUGUCAUGGGAUAUAGCAUGUUUGGAGAAGCAACAGAAUCACAGUUUACACUUAACAUGCCUCAAGAUUUGGUUGCAUCCAAGAUUGCUCUGUGGACUACGGUAGUCAAUCCAUUUACAAAAUAUCCUUUUGCAAGAACUUACUCAAAAACGUUACUACGCAUUUCUGUAAUUUUCAUACAACCUUGUUCGCAUACAUUCUCCAUCUAUCGAAACUGA